UUGAGUAUCGCUUAUCGGGGGCGCGGACGCGUUGGCAGCGCCAUCUUGCGAAUAUGUCACGUAAUCUAUGACAAAAAAGGAAAGAGAUCUUUUCACCGAGAAAUCAAAAUGGCGGCAAAUCGAAAAAUUGAGAUAGGGGCUACAGCCGGAUUGACUGCAACAUUGGAUGAAGCAAUGAUGUUGACUGGAUUUGGAGUAUAUAACAUAUUGCACAUGCUUCUGAGCGGUAUUAUACUGAUGGGGGUGAUCCUUCAGAACCUCGGUCUGGGCUAUGUGUUGCCGGCAGCGCAGUGUGACCUUAAACUGACCAUGCAACAGAGAGGCUGGCUGGCUGCAAUACCAUUUCUAGCCGUAAUUCUGACGUCAUACUUCUGGGGCUGGUUAGCUGACACCCGCGGACGUCGGCCCGUGAUGCUUUACUCGAUGCUUAUUUCCGUUUUCAUGAAUGUGCUCGUAAGUUUCGCGCCGAAAUUAACUUCAUUUGCUGUGCUGCAAUUCCUUUCAGCUAUUUUCAUGUCGGGUUCUACAGCGGUUGUGUAUACGUACCUCGGCGAAUUUAACAACCUCCGUCACAGAGACAAGAUGGUCGCUUUCGGAUCGUCUUUCGUGGGGAUUGGUACCGUGGUGCUACCGGGUAUAUCCUGGCUAAUUCUUCCGCUAGAAUUCUCGCUGCCAAUCGAGUUUCUGGGUAUUACGUACCGAUCUUGGAGGCUCCUGGUUGUGGCCUGUGCCUUGCCUUACUUCAUCAGCUCUAUUUUGCUAAUAUUUGCCCCUGAGAGCCCCAAGUUUCUGUACUCCGCUGGUCACCAUGACGAGUGCUUGAAAGUCUUGAGAAGUAUCUACGCGACCAACAAGUGGAUGCCUGCCGAUAGUUUUCCAGUUACAAAUCUAGUGAUUGAAGCACAGUCAUCUAAACAAGAGGAAACAAAAGGCAAGUCCACGAUUUUAACGAUUUUAGAAUCAAUGAGGGAUCAAACCGUGCCCCUAUUCCGACCGCCACUUUUGCCUUGGACUGCACUUACUUGCUUCGUCCAAUUCGGAAUAUUUUCAACUACCAAUGGUUUCUACGUGUGGGUACCGACUAUACUAAACUCCAUGGCCAACCACGGAGAAACUGAUAUGAGUAUUUGCGACAUAUUGGAUGCCACCAAAGUGACCCCGGACAACGAGACAACGAUCGUGUGCGACGACACGAUGAACACAGCUACCUUCGAGCAAUCCAUCUACAUCGGCCUGGUGUUCUGCUCGAUGUACAUAAUCGCGGGGUUCCUGGUGGACAUGGUGGGCAAGAAGACGAUCCUCGUGUGCGUGCUGGUUGUGACGGGGCUGUGCGGCGUGAGCGCGCACCUGGUUCCCGCCGUGCGACCAGCUGUCGUGCUCUUCGCAAUAUUUCAGAUGUCAGGAGCCUGCAUUGGCCUCAUGAACGCGGUCAGCGUUGAACUCUUCCCGACAAUAUACCGAGCGAUGGCCAUUUGCUUGGCCAUGAUGAUGGGCCGCAUGGGCUCUAUGGUCGGCUCUAAUCUCGUCGGCUAUUUCCUUGAGGUCAAUUGCGGCGUAAGCUUCUACCUAUUUGGAGGGGUUAUAGUCGCCUGUGGCGUUCUUUGCUUAACUCUACCAAACAAAAAGAAGGUGACAGCCGAAAAUCAAACAGUGCAGCCGACACAAAACGAAACUCACGAACCGGUUUGA